CUUCCAAAAGAAGUCCCUCCUUUUUAGGCGAAACAAACUAAAUUUUCAAAUAAAGAACAGAUUCAGCGAACGGGCGAGCGAUCAAACUUCUGUCCCUAAUAAUUUAUUUAUAGAAAUAGCCGUGAUUUUGAACUCUAAUAUGAAAACAAACGGCAAAAAACUGGUGCUCUUGUAACGAACACAAAACUACCCGUUGCAACCUGGUUAAUUAUUCAUGAUUAUUUUGCACUUUAUUUUCUUUUCCUUCUGGGCUUGCAUAUCUUAUCCUCAAAUUUUCGAUAAAAUUUUCUAUCGUGUAGAUAAUUUUCAUCUUUUUCAUCCAAAAAUUCCACUACAUAUUGUCAAGCUAAUUUGAUUUUUAGUUCAAAGUAUGCUUCAACGGUUGAGCAAGUGCAUAAGUAUAAUAAAGGGGUAUGCAUAGAUCAACAAGCGACAUGAUAUUUUGUUUGUUAUAGUUUAACGCGUUGUAUUUUGACUUUGGCAAGACUGUUGAAAUUCAGAGCAAAUAUGAAAUUGAAAUAUAAAAAAAUACGUGGCCUAUUAGAUUAUGGUGCCUUUUUCUUCGGUAUAUUGAAAUAUAUACUAAUUCCUCAAUAAUUCUCAAGUUUUAAGUUCGCAUUAUAAUGAAAUUUCACACAAUUGUAGAGCCCCAGAAUACGGAGACGUGAUUGGUUUAGUUAAAUGAGCGUAUCGAAGCGUUACGGCUGUUAUUCACGGUUCAGUGAUGCAAGUAAUGAACCAUGACGAGCCUUGCUUUGAAGUUUUCUCGAAGCACGUCAUGCACUAAGUACCCGUUUCCUGAGCAAAGUCGUAUUCCGAGGACAGUCGAUUUUCUAUAGUUCUUUACUCAAGGAUUUUGGAAAUAUUUAUUUGGUUGAAAGGAAUAUCUCAGGAGUCAACGUGUAGAAGAACCAAUUGGCUAGGUUUGUACUUUAAUUUCCUCUUACUUAACGAGUAAAAAUUACAGUAUUGACUAUAGUGACUUAGUCUGUGUUUCUGGUGUAAUAAACCUAUCCAACGUUUCGUGAUAAUAAUGUAUUUCUGUUAAGACCUCAUAAGAAUGAUUUAUUUUAUUUUAUUUUAUUCUGUUCGUUGUAUUGUCUUGAAACAAAUUAUAAACUUCAUUUUAAUCUUAGUAGCAAUAACUCCCAUCACUCGGAUCAAAGUUAUAGGCUCUUAUUACUGGUGUCAUUAAAAUCUUCAAAACUGAUAUAAACACAAAGCAACGACGAAAUAUAUAUAUAAACGUAGUCCUUUAAGUUUUGAUAGUCAAAUCACUUUAUUUUACUGAACGAGUGGUAAUAAAAAUAUAUGAAGAAAUUGUAUUGUUAUGUUUGCCACUCGUAAAGAAGAAAAGUUCUGUCUGACUUGGUGCGAAUCAAAAUCCAAUGCAGACUUCUAAAGCUAUAUUACGACUAGUGCUGUCUACUGUACUUCAAAGUCUGUUCAUUUGAUUCGCCCCAGGGUCACGCACUUUCUUUUUUGCUGGUGCGAGCUUCUGGAUGUCACUCCUACAUCUUUACAUCAAGAUAAGUGUUGUGGUUAACAAACACUGUAAUGACAUCAGGAAGACUUUUUGGUUUUACACAUGUGGUCUAUGACUACGUUUUUUUAUAAUUCAUGGUGUUUACCUAUCACCGCCACUAAGCAAUUUGCUGUACCAUACUUCUAAUAAGAAUAGUUAUCCUGACGUUUUAAACACAUUUUUCUAUUGAUUAUUUGGUGUUUUCCUGGCAUCACCUUAGAACAAACAGAGACCUUAGAACAAACAGAGACCAUAAUCUGUUCAAAUGCACAAUCUAUUUUACCUGCUUGUUCAUAACUAACAAUUAGCACUGAUUCAUAGAAGUGCUGACACGUCUUUACUCGAUUGCUCCUUUACGUUGCUUAAAGAGUUUGUAUGAUGGCUUGUAGAAUUAAUUUCAUAUUUUGUUUCCAGGUAGAUAUGGCGCUACGGAUAACGGUUGUAUCACUUCUACUAGCGCUGUUUAUUUUCCAAGCUUCUGCGAAGUCAGUGAAACAUGCUAAACACGAGAAAGGUAUGUUUGCCUACAAAUAUAGAUUUUAAGUGGAUUACAAUGUUUAUGUUGAACUAAUUGGUUAAAAUCAGAUAAGCAUCAUUAAGGCUUAACAAUAAACCGAUUUCAAUAGCCACGUCUUUGCGAAGAACACACAGUAGGCAACCUCGAUGGUAGCUCGUAUGAAAUAGAUUUCACUAAUAAGUUGUCUCCUUCAGCAGAAGAAGGUUCAGAGAUAUUGUUUAGGUACAAAGUAAUAAAGUAAUUAAAUUCCUUGCAAAUGUCUGAAGGCCCAUUUCCACUCAAGGAAAUUUUCUACGGACAGAAAAUUUUCCGAAAAUAUCAUUGUUAAACAGGGACGAAACUUGAGGGGGGUGUGACACCCCCCAAAGUACAAAUCAUCUGGAUUGGCAGGGCAAAUCAUCUGGAUUGGUUUGGCAAUGAAAGAUUUUAAAUGAUAGAAUGUAGAGUUAUUAAGUAACUUCCAGGGCUUCCAGAGGGAAUUGAAUAGAAUUUAUAGACCUAAAUUUUACAGAUAUUGGUAAAAAAAUAAGGGUUUCAUGCAUGUUUUAACAGGAAUUUGUCCGAAAAAAAAUUUGUGGUCAAAUAGUGGCCAAAAAAAUUUUUUGCUGCAGGGCAUCAUCGGCUUUCGCAGGGCAAUUCUAGCCCCCAAUUAAAAGGGGCUAGUUUCGCCCCUGUUGUUAAAAGUUGAAAAUUUUCAGCUUCAAAGUUUUUUCCGACGGAAAAUUUGUGUCGGCCAAUCACAUGCAAUGAGUGGAAAUGGGCCCUAAAGUAUACUUUCCGGAUGUCUAACAUUUUGCACUUAAAGGUAACACAGGAAGUUUGAUUGAGACAUUUUGUACUACAUAAAAAUAUUACUAAAUUUGAUGAAUUAUGAUAGGAAUUAACUUCACACCUAGUUUUACAACUCGUGUGAACGGUAAACCGAUAUGCCCGGCAAAUUCUGGUAUCAUUUCCUAAACAAACAAAUGGUCGGUCUCGUCAUGUUAGUAUGGUAAAUAUUUCGUGCGUAAUGCAAUGUAUAUUUUUUCUUCCAGCAAGCAAGAAACAAUUUGGUAACCCGAUGGGUGGUGGUGGUUGUGGUGGUGGUUGUCCUCAACAGUGUGCACCAGCAUGUCAACAAUCAUGCUGUGGUGGUCAGCCUCAAGGACAAAUGAUCACUCAUCUUACGACAGUACAUCACCAUCAUGUUCAUCACAUGGCACCAGCACCCCCAGCACCUCCAGCACCUCCUAUGCCCCCACCACCCCCACCACAGACAUUCCAUACACAACAACAUAUCUUUGAAUGUGCACAACCACCAUGCCCACCUCCUAUGCCUAUGCCUCCAGCUGCUGGAGGAUGUGCUCAACCUGCCUGUGGAGGGGGAAUGAUGCCUCCUCCUAUGAUGCCCCCAAUGAUGCCUCCUCAACCUUGUGGUGCCCCUCCUUGUGGAAAGUAAUAUCUUUAACUAACGAAUGAAUUUUAGUUCAUUAGAUGGUACUCAACCAAAACCUAAUGGAAUGUUAACGAAUACUGGACAAUAUGUUUUUAAAAAACAAUAAGACAACUGAAACUAAUAAACUAAUGGUUGCCAUCCAACUUUCAAUUAUGCAGAUUUAAAGAUGAAAUUUAUAAUGUACAGAAAUGUUAAGAAUCUAUUUUUGAAAAUACCUUGAAAACUAGAAUUGAUUUCUGCAAUGUAGCAUCAUGUUCAUCUACUCAGGUAAAGAAAUAGCAUGCUAUAGUUGUAGUCAAGGUAUAUUUCUAGCUAUUGAUGUGUUUACUUCACUAUUUGUAAAUUUACCAUAGAGCACUGUAGCUCGGGUUAAUGUCAAAAACUGUUAAUAAAAUUUUAAGCUAGUAAAGAUGUGCUUUAUUUUAUACUGUAGUGUUGGGUUAUCUCAUUUUUAAAACCAAAACUAUUGCAAUAACGUAUUGUUAGAAUUUGAAUGUCCUAGCAAUAAGCUGAACGCAAAGAUGCAUAAAAUAUUGACAGGGUGCAUAUAUUAAAUAUUGACUUAUUAAGAAAUUAAAAUAAUUUGUUAAGCGCACGAUUUUCUGCUCUUGGGAAUUUAAAGCAGCUUCUUAAACAGUUUCUUUAUGCAUAAAAUUUACAUAUGUCAAGC